AUGCGCGCAUUUAUCGUACUUUGCUUGGUAGCAGUAGCCUGCGCCGAAAAAUUGGGCUACAAUUAUCAGCCAGUUGGACACUCUGACUCUGGUUUGUCAUUCACUCCUGGUUCAGGUGUUGGUGGUAGUCUCAAAGGUGGUAGCCUCGGUGGUGGUAGUUUGGGUGGUGGAAGCCUCGGUGGUGGUAGCUUGGGUGGUGGAAGUCUCGGCGGUGGUAGCUUGGGUGGUGGAAGCCUUGGAGGAGGCCUCGGUGGUGUUGACUUUGGUUCUUCAUCAAAUGUUGCUCCCUCAUACGCUCCUCAAGGAGAUUUCUCAUCUGCUUCCCACGAUGCUCCAUCAUACGCUCCUCAAGCUGAAUUCGAAAAAGAGUUUUUCACCUACACUGCUAACGAUGAAGAUUUCCAUGAUCCUGCUGCCUCCAACCAAUUGGCUAACUCUGUGAAACAAGGACUCCGUGUAGUUUUCAUUAAGGGACCCGAACACAGCGGUUUGGAAGAUGCUGCCGUUGCUUUGGCCAAACAUGCUGCCGAACAAAAGACUGACAUCUAUGUUCUCCAGAAACAAGCUGAUCUCAGCAGCUUGGCUAACAAAUUGAAUACCGCCAACAAGAACACCAACAACAAACCCGAAGUUCACUUUGUCAAAUAUCGUACCCCUGAAGAUGCUGUCAAUGCUCAGAAAGCGAUUCAAGGUCAAUACGAUACUUUGGGCGGUAGCUCUAAGUCUCAUGAUGGUGGUGUUGCUCCAGUCUUAAACUUUGCUUCUCAAGCCCCUGCUCCAGUUUCUAGCCACCACAGUGCUGCCUCUGCUCCUGCUGCUACCUACAGCUCCGGUUCUUCUGCUCCUGCUGCUAGCUACAGCUCUGGUGCAUCUGCUCCUGCCGCUAGCUACAGUACUAGUGCAUCUGCUCCCGAAUCCAGCUUCAGUGCUGGCGCCUCCUCUCCCUCUUCAUCAUACAUUCCUCCAGCACCAGUUGUCGAUGAACCAAGCAACACUUAUUUGCCAGCUUCCAUUCUUCGUCUUUUCCGUCUUUAA